AUGGCCGUACCUGCAUUCGUGGUCAAUCUGGCCACACCUCCUCCCCAGGCCCUGUAUCCGGCGCCACCUUCUUACCAUCACGUGUCAGACCUGAUCAUCAUCCCUGGACUGGCACAGACAUUUGUUAUAUUUCCUUCUGUAGAGCGGCCCCGCUUUGCCGGGUAUACUGACUUUAUCAUUCCCUGGGUAGUGAGUGAGGAAGAUAACUUUCUUCUCUCACUUCCCCUCGCUGCUCAGCUGGAAUCCCUAUCGCAAUCCACUUUGCCGGGUUCCCCCAUUGAGACUGAUCCUGUCCCCCUUGGCCUCAGCUCCAGCGAAGGCUCGGGAUCCCUUGACUUAGAGUCCGAGCAGCUCGGUACCCUGACAUCACGGAAAUGUGCCACCUUCCUACGCGUCCUCAUCGCAUCCAUGUGA